AUGAUCAACGCCGAUCUUGAAAGAAUUGCUGAGAAGUCACAGCGCAAUCAACUGUUCGUCAAUCCUUCCAAAAGUAAGGCACUAUUAAUCAAGGGAAGACGUAGAACUGCUCCACCUAACCCGUUGCCACCAGUCAAAUUGGACAGACAGACAAUAGAAUGGGUGGAUAGUGCCAAAAAUCUCGGCUUCAUUCAUCAAUCUGAUCUUCAGUGGGACAGCCUGAUCAGUCAGCAAUGCGGUAAAAUUUACGCUAGCCUUCGCUCGCUCUACUGCUGCGCCUCAUUUGCUCCUAUUGAUACAAGUCUGAAGCUUCUUAAGGCUCUUAUACUGCCGCACUUUAUGUUCGGUGACUCCCUUUUGAUCAACGCACGUUCCAGCGACAUGGUCAAUCAAAUAGUUCCCCCAUUUAUUGAUUGUGAUGAAGGCCCCCCUGCUGUUCGUUGGGAAAAGUGGCGAGAACAUUUUGAGGCCUAUCUUGAUUGGACGAACGUAGUUGAUCACGAUGAGAAAUUCAAAUGUCUUAUGCUCUUCGGUGGAUCAGAUAUCCGGAAAAUUGUGUCUAAGGUACAAAUCGACGAUUCGCAUCCACUGAACAACCGUUAUCGAACUGCUCUUCAACUGCUUGACGAGUAUUUCAUUCCACGUGUUUCAAAGACGUAUGAAAGACAAACAUUCCGUCAAAUGGUACCUGAAGCGAAUGAGAAAUUAGAUGAAUUUGCAAUCCGUCUCAAGAAACAAGCUACGAAUUGUUCAUUUGAAAAUCAAACGGACAGUAUGAUUGCUGAUCAAAUCAUUUCAACCACGAAGGACGAAAAACUGAAGAGGAAAUGUUUGGAGAAAGAUCACACACUAGAAGAAGUAUUAACUAUGGGUCGAACUCAUGAAUCGGUUCAGUUUCAACUCAAUGCAUGGGAAAACGGAAUAACAAACAGAAUUGCCGUCAAUACAGUACAAACAGAUCCGGUUACGGUUAUGAAGGCACGACGGGUUGAAAAAACAUGGGAUAAAACUAAUCAAAAGGAAACUCAUCCACAGAAAAAGAAGAGAUUUGUACGAGAAGUUAGUGGAGAUGACGCCAAUAAGAAAACCGAGAGCCAGAUAUUUGACUUAUUUCACCUCGGAUCAAAGAAGCGAUUCAUAUCAGUUACAAUAGGAGGCGUUUUGUUGAAGCUAAUUAUCAAUACUGGCGCAGAUGAAGACAUUCUCAGUGAAAGUGACUGGAAGAUGUUGAAGUCUACUGGAUUCGAAGCAUACAGUGUCAAGAAAGGGAGCAACAAGGUCUUCAACGCCUAUGGAUCUAAAAGUUCAUUAAAAGUUCUUGGUGAAAUAAAUACGGAUAUAGCUUUCAAAGGGAAAAGUGUUGAGACAACGUUGUACGUCAUUCAAGGAGGAAAAUGUUCACUACUCUCUGGAGAUACAGCUAUCAAGCUAGAUAUAAUAAAAUUUUUGAACCUAGUUAAGUCUGAUCCUUUCCCUUGUAUCACUGGAAUAGAAGCCAACAUUAAAAUCAAUAAAAACAUUCCACCAGUACGGCAAAGCUUAAGACGAAUUCCUUUCCCUUCAAAAGAUCUUACGCUGAUGAAAUUAAAAGAACUAGAGAAACAAGAUAUUAUUGAACGCGUGACUGAGGCGUCAGAGUGGGUAUCCCCUAUGUUAGUUAAACGGAAAAGUGCUAAUGAAGUAAGGAUUAUUGUCGAUCUUCAUGAAGCAAACAAAGCUGUUGUUCGCGAAGUUCACCCACUCCCAACUUUGGAGCAGAUGACGAAAAAAAUUUGUACGAAUAAAAUAUUUACAAAGCUCGAUAUAAAACAAGCCUUUCACCAAGUUGUGCUGAAGGAAGAAUGUCGUUAUAUCACCACAUUCAUUAGUCCUAUUGGACUGAUGCGAUACAAAAGACUCAUGUUCGGAUUAUCGGCCGCUCCGGAGUUAUUCCAGAAAGUAAUGGAAACAAUUUUCGCCUAUUUAUCUUGGCUUAUCAUUUUCAUUGAUGACAUACUCAUUCCUGCAAACAAUGAACAAGAACUGGCUAAUAGAGUCAAUUUAGUACGCAAACGUCUGCGGAAGCACAAUAUUUUGAUCAAUGACUGCAAAGUUGAGGAAGCAGUACGAGAAAUUGAUUUUCUUGGUUAUCAUAUUUCAAAGCAAGGUAUAUCCGUUGCUCAAGAAAAAUUGGACACUAUCAAGAAGUUAAACCCACCAAAAUCUAUGGAGGAAGUGAGGAGUUUUCUUGGUCUCAUAAACUUCGUUCACCGUUACAUUCCAGACAUGGCAACCAUCACCUAUCCAUUGAAUUUAUUGACAAGAAAGGGAACCAAGUUUAACUGGGAUACAAACCACCAACAAGCAUUUGAGAAGAUUAAACAUAUUUUGCUAUAA